GUUCAAGUGAUCAUUUUCUGCUAACGUUUUCCGGUGGUAACUGUUACUCUUCAGAGAGUCAGAAAGUCCAGGCAGAAUUGUGCAGUCUUUCUCCACCACACUUGAGUAGGAGGAGGCAUCCUUUAUUAAAUGGAAGAGAAAAGCUACUUCAUCUGAAGUGCUUUGACCCCGAGACAAGAGCUGUCUUCAGCACCUCACCAUGGCUCUAUGUUUUGUUGCUUAGACACGCUGGGGAGUUUCUAUAGCCCUUGCAUUCCAUAUUGGAAGAAGAGAUCUUUAAACAUGAAAAAAAUGCCUUUGUUUAGUAAAUCACACAAAAAUCCAGCAGAAAUUGUGAAAAUCCUGAAAGACAACCUGGCCAUUUUGGAAAAGCAAGACAAAAAGACAGACAAGGCUUCAGAAGAAGUGUCAAAGUCUCUGCAAGCAAUGAAGGAGAUUCUGUGUGGUACAAAUGACAAGGAACCCCCUACAGAGGCAGUGGCCCAGCUGGCACAAGAGCUCUACAGCAGCGGACUGCUGGUGACACUGAUAGCUGACCUGCAGCUGAUCGACUUUGAGGGAAAAAAAGAUGUGACCCAGAUAUUCAACAACAUCCUGAGAAGACAGAUUGGUGCACGGAGUCCUACUGUGGAGUACAUCAGUUCUCACCCUCAUAUCCUGUCUAUGCUCCUCAAAGGAUAUGAAGCCCCACAGAUUGCCCUUCGCUGUGGGAUUAUGCUAAGAGAAUGUAUUCGACAUGAACCACUUGCCAAAAUCAUCCUCUUUUCUAAUCAGUUCAAAGACUUCUUCAAGUAUGUGGAGCUAUCGACAUUUGAUAUCGCUUCAGAUGCCUUUGCUACUUUUAAGGAUUUGUUAACCAGACAUAAAGUAUUGGUAGCGGACUUCUUAGAGCAAAAUUAUGACACCGUCUUUGAAGAGUAUGAGAAACUGCUGCAGUCGGAGAAUUAUGUGACUAAGAGACAAUCUUUAAAGCUGCUAGGCGAACUAAUCCUGGACCGCCACAAUUUUGCCAUUAUGACCAAGUACAUCAGCAAGCCAGAGAACCUGAAACUGAUGAUGAACCUACUCCGCGACAAAAGUCCUAACAUCCAGUUUGAAGCCUUCCAUGUCUUUAAGGUGUUCGUGGCCAGCCCUCACAAAACGCAGCCUAUUGUGGAGAUUCUGUUAAAAAAUCAGCCCAAACUCAUUGAAUUUCUGAGCAGUUUCCAGAAAGAAAGGACAGAUGACGAGCAGUUUGCUGACGAGAAGAACUACCUGAUUAAACAGAUUCGAGACUUGAAAAAACCAGCCCCGUGAAGAUGAACCCUACCCUGGCAGCUGUUUGUCUCCCUUGCCCAAUGUGUUCAAUGCUGUUUCAACAGUUUCUAUUCUUGGGGAGGCUUUGGAGGUGCCUGUUUCCUCAACUGAUUGUUCAGGGUAGAUGGAAUAUAAACAUUUGAAUGGGGGAAAAAAAUCAAUCUAGAAUAAUAUAUUCAUUUUAAUCAAAUCUCUGAUUGCUUAUAUGGAAUCAGCCAUUAUAUUAAACAUUGAUAAAAGCAAGAGUAAUUCCAGAGCUGGACCCUGGAUCAGCCAGGCCACCAAGUAGAAGGAUCACAAGUGUCUCUUGGGACAGAACAGGGAGGGAACCCUGUCUGUGUGUAUUCAUUUAGACAGGAUUUUUCAGACACCAAAGAGACAGGAGGUGGGGCUGUAUGUGUGUACACUUUGACCUCUGCCUGCCACCUCCAGUAAGUGACUCCUGGCUUCCGGAGGAACAGUGCUCAGUUUCUGCUCGCUGUCCCUCAUUGUGUCCCAAGCCUGAUCCAGGGCUCACGCCCAUUCCCACUGUCGAUGGCUAGCCUGGGAGCGACUGAGGACCAGGGGAGAUCAGCGAGGGCCACAGGGGCAGAGAGCAUCCAUGGGUGUGACUUUCAGAGGAGAGAUGCAGACAGGUGGCUGUAGAGUCCACUGCUCUGUGCGCCCCUCAGGAGGGUCAGUGAGUGUGGGGGUAUUUCACUAGCAUCUGUUGUCGUGGGAAGAAGGCUUUGUGGUAACUGGAGAGGUGGGAGUCAUAGUGAAUGCAAGCCGUGGGGCCAGAGGGCUGUGGUUGGCUUUCAUCAGUAGAGGGAGACGUGAUUCAUGCAUAAAACUUUCUCAGAUGACUGAAGGUUCUCUCUCAUCCAGUUUGUUCUGUAAUAAACUGCACUCUGUAAUUGCCCACCGGUGUCUUCCAUGAGAAGCUAAAAAGCCUGAAAGUGUUGCUCCCAGACACCCUCUUGUGUGCUAGAGUAACUGAGGCGCCCAUCCGUGCCCCCACAGGCAUAGAAAGAAAAAUUAAUUUAAGUCCAUGAUUUGCUUUCAGACCUCAAACCUCUGAAAGGGAAUUUGAAAGUGUUAUUUUCCAGACGCUAAUGCUGCGAUUGCUUGUCUGCUCUCCAUUGCCCGAGUUCCCAUGGCCCUUAACUGCUGAGAGACAGGAAGGGAAUGUAUUCUCCAGUGCAAAUGCCUCUAGUGGGUUUUCCAUCCAGAGAAUUCCCUGGCAGGGCCCUUUGCCUUCUGCCCGGGGUUCAGGUAUAUUGCCUCCGUGCAGCCCCUGUGACCUGUGUUCUUUAGUCAUAGGAGUCAGAUUAUUUUUAUAAUAUUCCCUGAUCGUAUAGAGCCCCUUAGAAUUUGACCUUUCUGGAUUUGCUUAUUUGAUUAAAAGAGAUUAAAAAAAAAAAACUUUUAAAAUGUGUUUCUGUAGCAUCAUGGAACACGGACAAGGCCAUGUACUAAUUUUAUUUCAGUUAAGAACAAGUAUUUUCCCUGCAUUUGAAUUGACUCACUCCCAGCAUCCCUUUCCCAAGGCUGUGUGCCUGCCCAGUGGGAAACUGUACUGCUUGAGAUGCUCCGCAGUCAGUGAGGUGGCCGGGGUGUUGGUUUGAAUUUGUAGGUUAUUCGCUCCAAAAGGGCACUGGAGCUCCCUCACGAUGUGCGCACACACUGUAAGACUGGAGUUUGGAAAAGGUCACAUUUAAUAAGAAGCACAACUUAAAGACUGAAUAAAAGCACCACACACUC